AUGACAAAGAUUACACCCUCUGAACUAGAGACUAUAAUCAAAGAAGCACCCAACACAAAGGCCACCAGACCCUCAAAAAUAUCAAACGAAAUGUUAAAACACCUAGGCCUCCAAGCAAAAGCCACAAUUCUAGAUCUAUUAAAUAAUUGUUUAACAUUAUAUAAC